CCUAGAUUCUUCCAAUAUUUUCAAAAUUAUUAGUUGUUUGAGAAAAUUAGGUAAUAGAAGAAAACAAAUUACACUGUGCCUUUAUGAGAGCAGAUUAUUUACCUGACUACCACAACACAGCUACAUCAGAAUCUGGUUUACAAAUGAACUUUAUAACUUUAGACAGUGCUGAAAAAAGCAGACUCUAAACUUGGCCAAAUUUAAACAAAGCUAUGAACUUGUUGUGCCUCUGAACCAUUUCAUCGAUAGUAUUAUCCAGAUAAAUCUUGAAACAGUUUAUGGAUCUUGAAUUUGCAGUAGGGGAGUCUUUAGAAAAGAUCAAGUUGAUUAUGGAAAAUUCAUAAUUCUAAACUGGAGGAAGCAAAAAACAAUGUUUUAAAGUGACUUGGUUUAGUAAAUUGCAUUCAACUAAUAGAUUGUGAUUUUUGUGACGUUAAGUGAGAUUUUGAGACUGAAACAAAUUGUAAGAAACAUCCAGUGAGCCCCUGAUUGAUCAGGUUUGUGUUGCCCCCCUUGUAGCCCAGCCUUAGUGAAUGUGCUUUAACUGAGAGAGAAGUAAUCUCAGUCUUUAUUGAGACAAACAAAUUGAACUCUUAAUAGCAUUAAAUUCAAAAAAGAUCUUUUGAAUGUGAUUUGGAGUGAUAAAAAAAUAUACACAAUCCUCAAAAUAAGAAAUAAAAGAUUUCAUCUUAAAAUGAAACCUAAUUAGCCAAAGUGAAUAAGAAUUAUAACAGAUUGAUUAAGCUGAAGACAUGAUAUGUGUUAUUGAUGGUGGACAUGAAUGCAAAGAGGCAGAGACAGCUUGUAGGUGAAGACCGUUUUAAUAAAAAAAAUAAUAAUAAUAAUAAAAAAAUGAAACACUUAUAAAAACCACAGGGAGCCCGAGCAGAACAAAAACCACAAAUCCAAGAAAAAUGCCAACAGGGAACACAGGAAAGAAAUUGGGUAAAUAACAGGUUAUAACAGGAGGAACCAACAAGAAGGAACUGAGAAUGAGUUUUAUAUAUAUUAGAGAGGUUGAUGACUGAACAAGGAACAGAUGGCUGAUUAGCUAAUGGAUGCAGGUCUGAGGGGAGAAAGAAAAUGAUACAGGAGACUAGGAAAUAAAUCUAACAUGAAAGAACAACUAGACCUAACAUCCAUAGACACAAUAGACACAAUAAAGAAGCACAAUAAGCUGCAAUCAUUGAAGGACUGAACUAAAUUAAAACAGAAACAAGACUGAUUGUUUCUGUUCAGUUUUGGAUGAACCAUGGAGGGAACUGCGCUGGGGUGAGUUCUCAGUAACACUCACAGCUGAUCAAUAACACCCUGUUCACUGCUGUUGAGUUGUCAUUCUGCUGAAAUGUAUAAAUUAGAACUUUAGAUCUAAAUGGACAAAUAUAAAGCUCAGAAGAUGAUUUUAAAUACCUCUUUCUGGGAGGUUUUGCUGGGUUUAAAUGGAGUCUGGUCAUAGUUUGACAGGAAACAGAGGAAGGAGACAAAACCACAGUGUAGUGAAGCUGAGACUGAUACAGAAAGAAUCCUUUUAAGCUGAAAACAAGAUACUGCUAUAUGAUGAGGGAUAUAAAACAACCCCACUGAUAAAUAUAAAGAUGUGGUGGCAUCAUGGCUCAGGUUUGGUUUCAAAUAAGAGCAGAGGGGCAAGGAAAAGAAAGAGCAAAGGAAUAUAUAUGAAGUGAGAAACAUUGUGAUUACAAUGUUCAUCAAAACACAAAAAAUCCAGAAGGUUAAAAUUGUUUUAAUACUCAAUGAUUAAAAUUAAAAAUGGUUAAUAUAAUCUUAUAUAAGGAGCAAUCAUAUCUGGUGUGAAAGUUUCUUUAAAGUCUCUGGAAUAAAAUUGACGUUCCUCUCUAAUUUAAACUACAACUUCACUAUGUUCACCACAGUCUUGGUUCACUCUGGUAUAUAACAUGUUUUAUGGAUAAAUUAACAUCCACACAUAAGCUUACAAACUUUGCAAUAGGCUGAAAUCCUUUGAAAUUCCCAAAUAUUUGUAACUUUUACAAAUAUUACCCAGCAUAUAAAAAGAGAUUCAACAAACAGCCUAUAGAUAAAUACUAAAAACACUCUGUAACAAAAUCUGUAUCUUAGAUAUUAUGUUCAUUAAAGAUACAAGCACAGAAUUUCCUCCAAUGAUUGCUAGCUUCCUUACACUUCAACUCUCAAAGCUACUCUCAAGUUCUUGUAAAACUCUCAGUAGUGGAUGUAACAACUUUGCCUCCUGUCAAUAAAUGGUGCACUGAGCUAUUUACUAACAUAAAUAAUGUUUAUUGGCAGUUGGACUCAGGUUUAAGAUGAAAAUUAUGGUUUUAGUGAACAAACGAUUCCCAAAAUCCAGGCAGCACAGAUGAGCAGCGGCAGAAGCUCUGAGUCUGGUAGCAACUGGUAAAUAAUUACAACAACUGACGUAAGACUAACUGAUUGAGUUUAUGUUCUUAGAGAAAACAAGAUGAAUCUUCAAUAUGUGCAGAAAUACAAACCUGAACAGGAUGAUAUCAGGUACCUCCGGGUCCUCCUUUACGGACCCGUCGGAGCUGGAAAGUCCAGUUUCAUCAACUCUGUCAGUAACGUCCUCAGAGGUCGGAUGACAACUCCUGCUUUGGCCAGCGCGACCACGUCUGAUAAAAGCUUCACCAAAAAGUAUGAGACUCAUAAGUUCAUUAAAGGACGAGGAAGCGCAAAGACAUUUUAUCCUGUGGUCUUCAACGACAUCAUGGGACUGGAAGAUGGAACCAACAGGGGAGUUCAUGCUGACGACAUCAAGCUGGCUUUGAGAGGACAUGUGAAGGAAGGUCACAAGUUCAACCCAGUUGCUCCUCUAUCUCAGAAUGACCCAGGCUACAACCCGACCCCCUCUGCUGAUGACAGAGUUUAUGUCCUGGUCUGUGUGAUGUCUGCCAACACUGCUCAGAUGAAAUCAUCAGUUCUGGAGAAAAUGAAGAGCAUCAGAGAAACAGCCAGUGAUCUGGGAAUUCCUCAAAUGGCCAUGAUGACGCACAUCGAUGAAGCCUGCGGUGAAACUGAGAAGGACUUGAGGAAUGUGUAUAAAAGCAAGUACCUGAGAAAAAAGAUGAAAGACUUCAGCUCAGCAGUGGGAAUCCCCAUGAACUGCAUCUUUCCUGUGAAGAACUACAGUGAAGAAAUCGACAUGAACGAUCGUAUUGAUGCUCUGGUCCUGAGCGCUCUGAGGAAUAUGAUCAACUUUGGAGACGACUUCAUUGAGAAGAUUUAAACUGAGAAUUUUAAUUUUGGUAUCCAGUUUUGGAGACGAGAGGCAAAAAGAUUGCAGCAUUUCACUGUGUUAGCGUUGGUUUUAUUAAAUGUUUCUAUCUAUUCUAUAAGAACUUGACCUGAAAAGGUCACUGCUCUCUAUAACAGGUUAAGAAAACAGUGCAGAGUAAUACUGGGAGCAGCUCUUCCAAAUGUAUUGUUUCACUAGCAAGGACCAUGCCAUAAAGAUAUAUGUUUAAAGAUUUGUUGAUGAAUGGAUGAAGGGAUGGAGGAGAGAGAGAUGGAGGGGAGUCUUUUGAAUAAAAGAUUUUACUUUAAAAUAUAACUCACAAAAUAACCAGUUUACUGCCAUUGUGGGUGACCAAGAUUGGAUAAUCUUAGCUUUUUUUAAUGUAGAUGUCAGUAAAAUUGACAAAAAAAAAUUCUGGCAAUUUUAUUGUAUUAUUUAACAAUGUCAUGCAAGCAUUUCUUAUUCCUGACUGGAAGAGACCCAUGCCAAAAUGGUAAUCAGAUUUUUCACAUCUGUUUUUCACGUAAAGCAUUUUAAAUGGACCUGUGUAAGAAAGCUGUAGAAAUUGUAGAGGAAUAAAAUUGUUAAUAGUUAAUAAUUAUGUUGGUUGACUGUUUUGCACUGAGGCAUGUUUUAAGGACGUAUAUUGUGUCAAAUGUACUGAGUCACUCUGACCUAGAAGUCAGAAAGGAAUUCAGAUUUAGAGAGAAGUGGAAAUGUCAAUUGCUAACCUGGUGUAAACAUAUAUCUAGCCAAAUCCUGAAAGGUCCCAGCUGGACAAUUCCAGGAAACUCUAAUAAGACUGCAGCAGAACGCAAGCCAAGUGAUCUACAUCAACCAAAGAACAAACUGGCCUGGUUGAGAACCCUACAUACACCCUGAAAGAGGGUAGUAUAAAUACUCCCUGCUUUCAGAGAGUCAGGGUGAUGCUAUGAAAUUAUGCGGCAAUAUGUGAAUUGUGUAAUGCAGGUGCGCUAAGGACCCUCCAUUUUU